GCGCAAUGAUAAUACAAGCGAUUGGCGAAUUUGUCGAUUGAGGAAGGCGAAGCUUGUCUACGAUCCAGAAAAUUUGACUUGACUAAACUCAUUUAUUGCUGAAAGUAACUACCCAAAGGCUGUAUUUAUUGUGCCCAAAAUAUAUUGUCUUGUACAUACUCUGUAUAUAUUUUGAUACAGUAUGGCACUAAAAAGAAUAACAAAGGAAUUCAAAGACUUUGACAAGGAGCCCCCUUCAAAUUGUUCAGCGGGUCCCGUUGGUGAUGAUAUGUAUCACUGGCAAGCAACGAUAAUGGGUCCGCCCGACAGUCCAUACCAAGGUGGUGUGUUUUUCCUUUCCAUUCAUUUUCCAACAGAUUACCCCUUCAAGCCUCCAAAGGUUGCUUUCACAACAAAAAUUUACCAUCCAAACAUCAACAGCAAUGGCAGCAUCUGUCUAGACAUCCUAAGAUCUCAGUGGUCACCAGCCCUCACUAUUGCAAAAGUACUCCUAUCAAUCUGCUCGUUGCUAACUGACCCAAAUCCAGACGACCCCCUCGUACCAGAAAUUGCAAAGCUCUAUAAAACUAACAAAAAGAAAUACGAAGAUGCUGCCAAGGAUUGGUGUCAAAAAUAUGCCCAGUGACAACACUACUCUACAACUUUUUUUGCAACGUAAAGGAGAGGAGAGCCAGAAGCAAUAUAAUGAUGAGAGAUUUGACCUGUUCUAACUUCACAGCAGCCUCAUAAACCAUGACAUCAGUGAACCCAAGGCCAUCUG